UCUCCAUCUCCAGCCCUGAGGACAACACUGCAUCUCUGCUUUGGGUUGCUCCCUAAUUGACCUAAAUACAGCAUCUCUGCUCCCUGCAGGCAGACGAUCACACAGACUACACGGGAGGCUGCGAGGAGCGAGACUGUCUCGGGGUUUUUUUCUGGAGUAAUUUCUCGUCUCUCUAGGACGAUAUUUAUGUCUGGAUCUCUGACAGCGGAGGCUUGAGCUCUCGGUGCUCUCAUGGAUCGCGUCGGGAUGGUUUACGCGGAACAGAAGACGGUCCUGGCUGGGAACAACACACAUUCCCGGGAAUGAUAUUAUAAAUCAAAAACAGCGUUUUGCUACGGAUUUAAAGACUGCAAGGAAGGACAAAGUAACAAUGCUAGAUAACAAAUCGCCGAGAUCGAAGCUGGGUCCUCCGUCCAGAGGUUGCUCUUUUUACAUCGAGAAUUUGCUGGGGACUGCGUACAGAGGGGCUUCUUCCGAGGAGAGGGUGGAGACCGAGAGAUUUAAAGUAACCGGCCGCAGUCCGGUGAUCUGUCCGGGACUGGAAACUAAACUUCAGGAAGAGAGAGGAGUGUUAACCGGGACAUCACCAAAUACAGCAUACGGUACCUCAAGGAGUCCAUCGCACAAGGAUGAACACACAGACGCUGUGCCAACAAGCGACCGGGAUUCCCCAACUUUAACAGGGCGAGAGGAGAGCGAGGAGCCGGGGGAGAAGGGGGAAGACAGUUUGACGGAUGACAGAGAGGAGGACGAUGCCCAAUCCUCCUGCUUCUCCCGAGAAGACAGCUGUGAUACAGGUGACCAAAAAGUUCCACGAAAGAAGAAGACCCGCACCGUGUUCAGCCGGAGUCAGGUGUUCCAGCUCGAGUCCACUUUCGACCUGAAGCGCUACCUGAGCAGCACGGAGCGAGCCGGGCUAGCUGUCUCGCUGCAGCUUACCGAGACCCAGGUGAAGAUCUGGUUCCAGAACCGCAGGAACAAGUGGAAGAGGCAAGUAGCGGCGGACAUGGAGGCUAGCAGCGCCCUCCCCUACACCACCCAAAGGGUCGUCAGAGUUCCUGUGUUGUAUCGCGAGAACGUCCCCGGCCCUGUGCCGCUGACCAGCCUGGCUCAAGUGACGCCACAAAUGGUUGGCUUCUCCAAUUCUAUCCACUAUCCAUUGACUUCCCACUUCAGCCAUCCGGUGUCGUUCCUAACGACACAGAUGACAGGACUGGUGUGACUUUAAGAAAGACACGAGAAGACUUUUGACUCUUGGACGCAAUGAAUAUGCAAAAGGAUAACUUUUAGCUCAGUUUCUGAUCCAUGUUGAGUUAGAUGAAUAAGGCCAAUUGGUCCAUUCCAAUUUAUUUAUAACUACUGCUAAACAAGUCCCUUUGGAAUAUAUACUGCUAGUAGGGACUUUAAUUGAGGUUUAAAGGUGCCGACAAUCAUGUCUUUUAUGGAGGACAUUUCACACCAGGUUCACAGGUUUAAGUAUUGCUCUAUUUCUUGAUUAUUUUUCACAAGAAUUGUAUUGAUGACCAAUAUCUAUGGGAUCUAGUAAGGGUCAAUAAGAUUUUGAGUUUGUAAAACAGGUGUUUUUAAACAGUGUUAAAAUUUUAAACCUAUAAAAAAAACUCAUCCUUGAAAAUUUGCAAUAGUUGAUGAAAAUGGUAGCAAAAAUAGGAAUUAGCUCCAAAUGUUGUCAAUGCUCAAGAAAACAGAUUUUUACAAGCAUUUGAUUCAAAACAUGCAACUGAAAACAAGUUCUGGCUUUGUAAAUGGGAAACACAACUUUUUCCGCAAGAGCUACACAACACUUCCAGGAAGGAAAGGAUAUUUAUGUUUAGAAAGGCAGUGGGAGACCUGGCAAAUGCUAACUUUCUCAUCAGCACUAAUGGGAGGGGUGCGUUUGUUGGAGAAUUGGGUUCAAAAUAUCCUCAAUCUUUCUCUAGAAUGGUAGACUGCGCCUUUAGAAAGGUAUAAAUGUUAUCCCUGCAUUCACAGACAAAAUUAUGGGUAGCAUUUCCAUUUUUAGCUUCUACUUUUAAAUCUGUUCUACUAGUUUCAUGCAGUGUUUGUCACAGGUUUACAAAGGUUGAUAAACAACCACAGUUUUAAUUAUUCUUGUUUCCACAAGCUCUGAAUCUUAGUAUUAUGCACUGUGUUCUCGGUUUGAUCAUCAAAGCUGUAGAGACUAGAUCAUUUACAAAAAGGAGUUUGGUGUUUGUGACUUUUGAUAGCUGUGAGCAUGGGUACGUUAUUAGCAAUAUUCUUUGACACUAUUUUCUAUUUAAGAGGAUUUUAAUACAGACUUUUGUACACCGAUAUGUUCACAUGUGAAUAAAAUAUAUGCACAAAUUGUUUGGUGGUUUCUUACUGGCAAGGAAAAUUGGUAACUUGGAUUGUUUCCCGUCCUUUAUUCCUCACAACU